GUUUAAGGAAAAGUAGUAAAAGAAAAGAAGUAGGCGAAAAAGGACGAGAAGAAAACGGCAAAAAGAGAAAAAGAGAAAAAGAGAAAGAGCGAGGAAAAAAUAAGGUGGGUGAACUUGAUAUGCUCAGAAGGAAUACAAGCACCUCCUGUCUCCUUGUUUUCUCUGGUACGACAUCAAUCGAAGAAGAGUAUCAAAUGAGCGUUGCGCAUAAAUUUUCAGAAUCGGGUUUAUCUUUAUUUUGUUUGUUCAUCAUGUGUAUUUAAAAGAAGAAUCAUAGAAUAUGGCUUUUUCUCAUCCUUUAUUACAAGCUGUCUUUGAGGACCCACGUUUUGCCGUAGCGGACAAGCUGUUACUCUUUCUCCUUCCUCCAGUUGGCUCAUUACCUCCGUCUUCACAAAGAACAUUCGACUUUCUAGCCUCUCAUGUGGUUCCUCUCGAUCGCACAUGUACAACGGCAUCGUCCUCAUUGACACCAGACAUGCCGCGACCACGACCCUCAACAUCGGCAUCAUCGGUCCUGUCGCGCUUCACAUCUUCGCGGGGGUUUUCAACCGAUAAAGUCAAACCUCCGUCUUCGCCCUUGUUCACUUCAACGCUCAGUCUAUUUUCCCCUGCCGCCACCACCAGACCACGGGCGCACAGCAGCAGCCAUGCGGAUAUGCUCAGUUUUGGAGCGCAAAAGGAAGCCUUAUUGACAACCAUGAACGAUAAAACCCUCAUCGCUCACAAUAACAUCAUAAGAACCCAUUCUGGCUUUCACAAUCCAAGCGCCACCAAAAUACAACGGGACGCCAUGCUCUAUAAUACCGAUACCAUCACCCAUGUUCUACUGUAUCUCGACAAUCCCAUCAUCAUCGUCAAUACCGCUCCUGGUCUCCAUCCGGAUACUCAACCGCCACGAAGGUUCAAACAUCUUCUUGAUCUCCUUCCAGGGCCAGCUACGUCAGCCAUCGAAACCGAUCUCAGUCAACUGAUCCGCAAGUUUUGUGACACGGCCAUGACCAGCCGUGACCUUGAUGACUUGCACACACGCACAGAAGGUUUUAUGCACGAAGGGUAUUCACUUCGCCGUCAACUGGAACAUACGUUGGGUGAUACCUCAUUGCUUCCUGAUCCUCUAGCGCUUUCACUCCUGAACGAUACGUUUGAAAGUUAUCUUAUGGAGCAGACAUAUGAUGUGGUCUUUUUUACCAUUAUACAACUGGUGCUCCCAUCCGACCUAGAACUCACGGAAGCCUUGACGGACAUGAAAUACCUGGAUUUUAUUCAAGUGGGUUUGCCAUCGAUUUCAGGGGCAGAAAAGCGGGUCCACAUGGCCGUCAUGAUUUUAGAAAAGAUUGGCGCUUUUCGCACACCAGCGGAGAAGCUAGAUUGCCUUUUACAAACUGUCACCGUGCUUUCAUCCCAUCCCGGUCAAAAAGACAAUGAUGAACAACUCGAUUCCGAUGCUCUUAUACCUCUUCUCCUGUUAACACUCGUCCGAAGCCGCGUACCGCAUUGGCUGGCGAAUAUUAUCUAUAUGAAGGAAUAUACAUUCGGCCGCAAUGUAUCGACUGGGAAGUGUGGAUUUGCACUCAGUACCCUGGAAGGGCUUCUUAAUUACGUCUUGGAAUCCAAACCUCAGUUGACGGCAAUUUCGGAUGAAAAUUACCGCUUUUGGGAAGCUCUAAUCGAAGGCCGUUUGGAACAAGUCCAACGCGUAUUUGAAGAGACCGAUAACAGUCCUUUGGAAGAAGAUAGUGCUGGUUAUAUAACGUCACCACCGGCGUUUCCAAGGAGAAGUUCAUCCGCCAGUAUUUAUCCCUCGCCCAGUAAACCAUGCUACACUGUAUGUCAUUCGCGCGAUGAACAAGGCAACAAUGCAUUACUGCUCGCUUGCAUGGGCGGUCACGAACCUAUUGCACGUUACGUUCUUUGUCGACAGUGUGGCGUCGGUGCUUCCGAUGUCAAUGAAAAGGGUGAAACGCCGCUUAUGAAAGCGAUCCAAGCCGAUGCAAUCGAUAUAGUUCGCCUACUCCUUGAAGAUACCUAUGUGAAAGAAACACUCCAUGCCAAGGACAUUGAAGGCAGUACUGCCGCACUUUGGGCUUGUCGACAAACAAACGAGCUCAUUCUACAAAUGCUGAUGGACCAUGGCGCUUCGAUGGAUGUCCAAAACGAUCAAGGCAACAGUCCUGUGCACAUUGCAUGUCAAACAUCGGCUCAAAUUCUGGAACUCGUAUUACAAAACAGCCCCGAUCAUAUGCUAACGUGGCAAAAUCAUCAAGGACAGACGUUUCUUCAUUUGUGCGAAUAUCGACAUAUUCUUCAAAAGUACCUCGAGCAGAUAUCAGCCCCAUUAUUGGAAUUGGCCGACCAUGAUGGACGCACACCGUUAUUGUCGUGGUGCGCUCGAGGACGAUUCGAUCUCGUAGAGGUAUUCCUCAGUCAUGCUCAUGUGGAUCGGUUGAAAGUGGAUCGUGACGGACGGUCUGCGCUGCAUCUGAUGACUGAAGCGCUGUCCCAUCGGACCGUUGUGGGAUCAGCAAGUGUAAGAGGCCUCAUUGAGCAUUUCAAGGAUCUCAUAGAAGUACGGGAUCGUAUUCAUGGUGAUUCACCACUUCAUAUCGCGGCAGCGACAACGGGCAUCUCGCCGCGCAAACGACUGGAUCGAGCAAAAGAAUUUAUACGAGCACUUAUUCAGGUUGGCGCAAACCCAAACUUGCUAAACGAUCAUAACGAACGCCCCAUUCGGUUAUGCCGAGUUCCGUCACUGGUUGACUAUCUCGAUGAGAUGUGCUUAGAAAAUCAUCCGAAGCCGACCUCAUCUUCCCUUGAACUUCCGGUUGCACAGUAUUCAUGGGCUCUCACUCGCGCUGCCGUGGAAUGGAACGGUCAAAAGAGCGCCAUUUCAUACAUCAUCAAAAGCGGUCAUCGAGGGCGUCCUGAAACUAUGCGAACGAUCCGUCGAUCCAUGGAGGACUUUUUAUUUUUGCAGCGAGAAAUUCUGUACGAAAUGCCUGAAGCGUUUCUGCCGACAUUGCAACAUCUUGUGGACCCAAUGACGGUAGAUCUCCGACCUCCGCCAUCGCGACUAACGGAAGAAUCAGUUCGUACGUUGAAUUGGUUCAUGGAGUGGCUUCAGCAACAUCCCAGCUUGCGGCAGCAUGAUUUAGUCCAAUCUUUCGUCCGCGUGCCUGAAAUCCAGCGAGCCACAAUCAAAGAUGGAUCAUUUGCCAAGAGAAAUCUUUUGAUUGAAAAGAUCUGCGACACUUAUUCAUCCAAACCAAGUGGCGAGGGAGAUGAGGAAUAUUUCUUUUCAUACAUCCAAAUGCUUAUGAAGCCGCAACUAGAAGGAUUCCGACGACUGGUUCACGCUGUAAGACAGACAAUCAUGCACGAACAAGAUUUACAUGAUCAAUUAUCAGAGGUAUUACACAGUUAUGAACAAGGAGCUUCGUUGGUCGGGUUGCGACCGGAUGACUUGGAGACGAUCAGAGUCUGUGCAAGCCUUGCUGGUGACACCACGAACGCAUACACAUGGCAUACACUAAAUGCAACGAUGCAAACGUUGCAAGACGUUACUGAUGGUAUCUUGCUGGCUUUGCAACGACCCUUUUCACUUUUAAAACAACGCACUGACUUGCGUCGAGACCUGGAGGUGCAACGGGAAGCUUUUCGAAAAUCAAAUGCAUGGAAUGCUGGGUUAUUCUCUGAACGUGUGAAUACGGAGCAGGAGAAGGAAAAGAUAUUCAAGGUAUUCGGGAGAAAAUUGCAACUUUUUUUAAGAUUGGAGGGUUCUGUUGCCAUGCAAGUUAAGGAGCUAAUCUCAUUGCUUGAUUCAUCUGUGCAUAGACAUUAACGGAAGUCGAACGGGUGGGAAGUCAAAUUAAUCAAUCUCAUCAAAUGAUAUCCGAUGAAUUGGUCCAUUAUCAACGCAUCCGUCCCAAGGAAAUGACCAAGGCGAUUCGUCAGUUGGCUUGCUCUCAAUUAAGGAUGGAAAAACUCAAAUUGCAUUGGUUGACCAACUUACAAGCGGAGCGAGAACGACACAAAAAAGAAUCUGUAAAUCGAUAAAUCGAGUCAAUCACCGAACGAGAGAGAAAAAAAAAAAGAGGCAUGUGGAGCAGUAAGAUGGGAAAGAAAUGAAGGAUCCAGAUACAAAGGCAGUCAAGGGGAUGCAACUCAAAAAUGGCAAUUCAGGGAUGACAAAAGGUCAUUUCAUUCAAUAAACAGUUUCCAUAUAAAGCCAAAAAACCAGUUUGUGAUCUUUUUCACUUCAUGGUUCAUGGUUGUUUGCAAAGUUC